AAUUUGUGAAAAAUUUGUUUUACCUGCUAGAAGCAGAUUUUUAACUAUUAAACAUAAAUUUAUAUAAAUAGUAGAAAUUGUUUUCACUAUAAGAUGGAUUGGGCUAAGAAAGCCGAAGACCAAGUAAGCAAAUUGGUUAGCAAUUUAGAAAUUGAUAAAAAGGAUGACUCGGAAGAGAAGAAAGCCGGCACUGAAGAAGCUGACGGGGCGAGUCCUGCCGAAACUAGUUUAAUGCUAAAGAUUAUUCGGAAAGGCCUAGUGGAAUCGAAAUUGGAUUUGGAAGUUCAACGUCAAGAUCCAAAUUCUCCAUUGCAUUCAGUAAAAACGUUCGAGAAAUUACAUUUGAAACCUGAAAUUCUCAAAGGUAUAUACGCGAUGGGGUUUAAUGCUCCUUCGAAAAUUCAAGAGACUGCUUUGCCUCUCUUACUCGCUGAUCCUCCUCAAAACAUGAUAGCGCAAAGUCAGUCGGGUACAGGCAAAACAGCUGCCUUUGUUUUAGCCAUGUUAAGUCGCGUAGACACAAAAUUAACGCAUCCACAAGUUCUUUGCUUAUCGCCAACAUAUGAGCUGGCAAUCCAGACGGGUGAAGCCGCUGCUAAAAUGGCUCAAUUCUGCCCAGACAUAAAGCUAAAGUUCGCGGUGCGCGGCGAAGACGUUGAACCCGGCACAAAAUUGACUGAGCACAUUAUUAUUGGCACUCCGGGGAAAGUAUUGGAUUGGGGUUUAAAAUUUCGCGUAAUCGAUUUGAAGAAAAUACGAGUUUUUGUUUUAGACGAAGCCGAUGUUAUGAUAGCGACGCAAGGCCACCAUGAUCAAUGCAUCCGUAUACACAAGCAAUUGCCUGCUAAGUGUCAAAUGUUAUUCUUCUCUGCUACUUAUGAUAAAGACGUAAUGGAGUUCGCUCAACAUAUUGUACCCGAAGCGAAUAUCAUACGCCUCCAAAGAGAAGAAGAAUCGUUGGAUAACAUCAAACAAUAUUAUGUGCGUUGCCGAUCCGAGGAUGAAAAAUAUCAAGCCAUACAAAAUAUUUACGGUAGUAUUACGAUUGGCCAGGCGAUCAUAUUUUGUCAUACUCGAAAAACGGCUGGUUGGCUAGCGGGAAAAAUGUCAUCAGAUGGGCAUUCUGUUGCGGUGUUAUCAGGUGAUUUAACGGUUGAGCAACGUUUAGCAGUACUUGAUCGUUUUAGGAUUGGUCUCGAAAAAGUGUUAAUAACGACGAAUGUGUUAUCGCGCGGUAUAGACGUAGAACAAGUUACUAUUGUAGUCAACUUUGACUUACCUAUGGAUGCCAAAGGGCGAGCUGAUUGUGAGACUUAUUUACAUCGCAUCGGCAGAACUGGGCGGUUCGGAAAGAACGGUAUAGCAAUUAAUUUGAUUGAUAGUGAUAAAGCAAUGGUUAUCUGCCGUGCCAUCGAAGACCAUUUCAAGAAACCUAUUAAGGAACUAAACGCUGACAACUCAGAAGAGAUUGAAAAAAUUGGAUCCUAAGCUGAUAAGAGUUAAAUCUCAAAUUUGCUGCUUAAUAAUAUUGCUUACAUACAUAAUAUGUUUGCUUUAGUUACUUUUCUUUUUUUAUUUUUUUUUUUUAUUAACUUAAAAAGAAACAUCUGUGUUAUAUAUAUUUUUGAUGAUUUACAAUAUAACAUUAUUUUCAUUCAAUAGAAAAAGAACUACGCUUUUCGUACUCCUUAUAGAAUAAUAAAACGAAAAUAUGGCUUGAAUCAAAAGAAAGCAAAA